AUCUGCAAGCCGAGCACUCACCAUGUUAUUCAGAAGCUUGGAAAGAUGAUAUGUGAGUAAUUCACACCACCUCCUGAUGGUGCCUCUGGAUAAUUCCAGAAAGGGCCUUAAGAACUAAUUAUCUACCUUCCUUUUCAUCGAGGGAGGGGAGGAUUGCAUAGAUCUGAAAAAGAAACCUGCAGGUAUGAUGAUGAGACCCUAGUUCAGCUUUUAAUGCAGUUGUCGGAACUAGCAGCCACAUGGGACAGCUAAGUUUGCUUUUUUAAAAAAGGAUUUAGAUUUUGUCCACCAUUGGAGCUACAGUUGACGUUGUGUUGGGAAAUUUGAACUACACAGUUUUGCUGUGUGAACGUACCAUGUGAUACUUGCUUGUGCAAUAAUGCUUGCAUUCCUCCUUAUACACCAUACACACAUACUUCAAGUUUCAGCUGAAAAAGCUAAAGUGGCUGAUGUCACCAAGACACAGCCAGAACUAAAUUGGCAACUAGGUUGUCAAGAUAUAACCAGAGCUAGCUUGGCAACUAGUUGGCAACCAGAGGACUUUUUCUUCAGCUGCCCCUAGGCUGUGGAAUAGCCUGCUGAAAAAGAUACAACAGCUGAAUAUGCUGUUCAAAUUUAAAAGAACAAGAUUUGAGCCAAACAAUGGGUAUUAAAGCACAAAAAGCUAUAAAAUAUUUAGGAAUUAAUAUUUCAAAAAACACUGUAGAAUUAUUUGAUAAAAUUAUAACAAAAUUUGGAAAGAGAUCAAAAAUGACUUAAUUAAUUGAAGUAAACUGAAAGUAUGCUUGUUAGGGAAAAUAUCAAUAAUUAAAAUGUCCAUCCUAUCAAGAUUAAUGUUCCUGUUUCAAAUGUUACCAAUUAUUUCAUCAGAUAAACCUUUUCAAGAGUGGAACAAAGAAAUUACCAAAUUUUUUUGGAAUGGGGAAAAAACGAGGGUUAAAAUGAAAACUUUACAAGAUCCAUAGAGAAAGAGGAGGACUGGGCGCUCCAAAUUUUAAAUUAUAUUUUGAAGCUUGCGCUCUUACUUGGCUCCAAGAUUGGGUAAAUUUGGAAAACAGAAGGCUAUUAUUAGAAUUGGAGGGGGAUGACCUAAAAUUUAGAUGGUACGCUUAUUUACAAUGUGGUAAAAUUGAAGCAGACAAAAAUUUAAUAAUCAUUGUGUUAGAAAGCCAUUAUUAAGACUCUGGCAAAAAUAUAAACGUAAAUUAUACAGGAAAAUUCCGAAGUGGAUUUCGCCACAAGAAGCAUUCUGCAGAUGAGAAAUAACGGGAGGAGAAAAUUGACUGACAUAUAAAACAUUAAUCAAAAAGAAAGAAGGCAACUGGAAUAUAAAAACAUUGGAGGAACUGCAAAAAGAUGGGCAAGAGAUUAAUUGGUUUAAUUACAGACAAAUUAGAGAAUGUUUUAGACAAGAUCUUAAAAAGCAAGGAUUUGAGGAAGAAGAGAAUGAAUUGGACAAAAUUAUAGUUGGUGACAAAGAAAAAAUGAUCAGCAAUAUUUACAAAGCUAUACUUAAUCUGGACCAAGAAUCUGAAACAGUUAAAAAUGUAAUGUAAUGUAAUAAAGUUUAUUCGGUCAUUGACCAGCAAAGUUAAAAAUGUAAUGAUACAGCGGAUGAAGAAUAUAGGGCACACAAUCGAAAGUAGUAAAUGGGGAAAUAUGUGGAAUAAAAUAACAAAGUACACAAAGUCUCAAAAUUUUUAUAAAAUGUACCUACGCUGGUAUAUCACCCCAGAUAAACUCGCAAAAAUAUACAAAAAUAAUACAAAGUUAUGUUGGAAUUGUGAUAGGGAACCGGGGAUGUUUUACCACUGUUGGCAGUCAUGUAAAAAAGCUAAAACAGUAUUGGAGGUGUAUAAAUAAGAUAGUCAGAAGAAUCUUGAAGAAAGAAAUUCAGCUCAAACCUGACUUUUAUCUAUUAAGCAUGUGCAGACUAGAAAUAGAAAAAAAAAUGGGGAAAAAAUUGUUUUUACAUGACCACGAUGGCACAUAUUACGUUUGCACAAUAUUGGUAAUUAAAAACACUACCAGAAGAAAGAGAGAGAGAGAGAGUUUAGUAUAUGGCUUAAUUAAUUAUUUACAUAUAUUUUUAGUCUCUAUAUGUUCAUGUUUAGAAACAACUGUAUAGGAAACAAGAUUAUAUACCCACAAAUUUUUUAUUGAGGAAUCUAAUAGAUAUUUGGUAAUAAUAGUAGCAAAGAUGCAAACAGAGAAUCAAAUGGGUUAAACUUAUGGGAUAAAAGCAAGUUACAUAAAAUAGAAUAUUUUGGAAAACCAAGAGAUUGUGAGGUGAAGAAACUGUUAAGGGUUGAGGAGGAAGUUAGUAUGUGAGGAGAUGUGAAUGAAGGUAUAGGCAGGUUAUGCAGAAGAUAAGAGAGGGGAGAGAGAAAAAUGUUAGUAUGUAUGAAGAAUGGAAAAUGAUGAAGGGAGAUUUGAUAGAUGGGGGAGGAGAAGGAUUUUGGAAAGUUGAGAUAUGUAAGGAGAAGACAAAAGAUGAAUGGAAGAAAGAUUUCUUAGACUGUAAGCCUGAGGGCAGGGAACUGUCUAACUAAAAGAUUGUAUGUACAGCGCUGUGUAAAUUUACAGCGCUAUAUAAAUAAGGGUUAAGAAGAAGAAGAAAGGACAGGAGAAUUUGCAAGACAUUACGGGAUGAAAUCUCUACGACCCCAAGUAUCAUAGCUUAUGUAACUGGAAGGUGUAUGUGAUGUGUUUUAAAUGUAAGUGAUUGAUGAUCUGAUUGUUUUAUAUUUUUAACUAAUAAAAUAAUUUAAAAAAACAAAUUUAAAAGAGCAUUAAAGACCAGCCUCUCCUAGCAGGCUUAUCCAGAUUAUAUUUUAAUGGUGAAUUUUAAAUUAUGAAUUUUAAAUGUAGGUUGUUUAAAUAUGUGUACAUCUUAUUUAUCCUUUUAAACUGAUAUAUUUUCUAACUGACAUUGCUUGUCUGUUAAUUGUUGUUCCCUGCCUCGAUCCAUGGGGAGAAGCAGGUAAAAAGAAACAACAGCACAGGAAAAGAUGUUGCAUUGUUGUCUUAGCUUUGAUGCCUUUUACAUUGGAGCAUAUGCUUUCCUGGAAUAGUCAUGAAACAAUACAUCAAACUAAGGUACUUUAAGCUACAAUUCCCAUUAGUACCAUCUAGUGUGCCAAAUGGAAAGGGAUUACAGUUGGCCCUCUGUAUCCACAGAUUCAAACAUCCACAGUUUGCAAAUAUAUAAAAAUAUAUAUAAAUUCCAAAAACCAAAGCCUAAUUUUGUCAUUUUAUGUAAGGGACACCAUUUUACUAUCACAUUUGAAUAUAAUGUGGGUUCUUCAAGAACUGAUCAUAUAACACCCAUCUUGAAAUCCCUCCACUGGCUGCCUAUUAGUUUCUGGGCACGGUACAAGGUGUUGGUUAUUACCUUUAAAGCCCUACAUGGCUUGGGUCCUGACUACUUACAGGAGCGCCUUCUCCCAUACUGUCUGCCCCACCCCUAACGGUUGUCUGGGGAAAAUUUACUUCAGUCUAAAAAGUCCAAACUGUCCACUGUUUCCCAGAGGGCCUUCUCCACUGCUGCUCCAAGGCUUUGGAACGACCUGCCGGAGGAGAUCUGCCACAUUACCACCCUGACGGCCUUUUAAAAGGCUGUUAAGACAGAUCUCUUCUGGUAGACCUUUCCAAACUAGCCUCCCCUCCCUGAGCACGAUGCAGCUUAUUCCCUCCUAUUAUAGAGUCCUUCUUAGAUUCCCCCCCCAACUUUGUUGAUCUUAUCACCACAAUGUUUUUAUAUGUAAAUAAUUUAAUUUAGUUUUAUAAUCAGGGAUGUGCAGUUGGGCAAGGGAUUAAUUUUAACUAGAUUUGAUAUGUAAUACAGUGUUUUUAGAUGCUGUAACCCACCUUGAUUCCCUAUGAAACGUUGGGCUAUAAAUCAUCAUCAUCAUCAUCAUUAAUAGGACUUGAGCAUCCACACAUUUUGGUAUCCACAGAGGGUCCUGGAACCAAAUGCCAGCAUAUACUACUCCCAAACAUCUGGAAGACUAGAGGUUUCCACUUCUUCCUUCUCCUCCAUCUUUGUUUACAGCAUUCUAAAUGGCUUCAGAACUGUGUAAGUGGUUACCGUAGCAUCCUGUUCAGCAUUGCUGGUCUACAGAUCACAAGUCAGAUUCAGAUCUAUAUUCAGGUCGUGUGUGUCAGAGAUCACAAACCAGAUCCAAGUCUUGUGUCUUCAGAGAUCACAAGCCACAUUCAGAUCUUGUGUCUCAGAUCAGGAACUCAUUUUAAAGAGCUGGGAAAGCCCUUCCUUUUGUGGUGAUAUCACUUGGUUGAAGAGUUCGCUUCAUGUAAGCAUAUGCUAUUAAGCAAUCUGGACUUCUUCAAAUAGAGCAAGAUGUCUAGAGCCACGUGGUGCUUUAGAAUUUCUCCUUUCUUAGGGUGAAAGUGCAGGGGAUACCUAUGUGCCUUUGUCCAUUUUUUUAUGGGAAACUAUUGAUAACUAUGGGAAGAAGCAAAAGCUUAGACAGCUCCCAGCUCCCAAAGCUGCUGUAAUAAACUUAAAUCUGCAAGUCUUUGCUGCUAUAGCUCUCCAGGUACAUAACUCCCAGGUUUGAUGACCAAAUGCUUUCUAGGUGUCCUAAGGUACAAAAAAGUCUCUCCACCAGGACUGGACAAUUUGUGUCCAUCAAAAUGAGGUUGGUGAACAAACCUCACUAUCCCUCACCUAGGCUUGCUUAAGAGUGGCAGGCCACAAUAUCUGGAGAGCUAUUCACUGUCAAUAUCAGUGUGACUUUGUGUUCUAAUCGCAAAAGAGGUCAAGGCACCACAAAAUGUAGGACAUUCAAGAAAAAUGUAGGACAUUACAAGUGAAAAGCUGGGCACACCCAUAUAAAUAUAAAUUCAUGCUAAAAAUGGAGAACAUUUUGAAAUUCCCCCUGGACAGAAGGUUGAAAUUUAGGACAUGUCCUGGAAAAGGAGGGUAUCUGGUCACCCUGCCCAUAUAUGGUAUUUAAACUUGUUGGGCAGGGGUAACUCUCCUUGACCUAAUGGACUCUACUUCUGAGAAGGCUUAGCAAGAGCUGGUCUGUUUUAACUGUCCACCCCCAGCAUUCUGAUGCAUUUCAGCCUCAGCAGAUCAAUUGCUAGGUCUCAGGUAACACUGAGGUCCUCUAGUUAGGUCUGUGAGGACUUGUUCGUUCACAAAGCAAAAGCCAUAGAGACCAGUCGAUCUGCAGGAAGCAAGGCAGCGAACUUAGAACAAUUAUUCUAAACAUGUUACCAUCAGAAGACAGAAUGAGAAAAGAAGGGAGUUAAAACAAAACAGAUGCAAAGGAUGAGGAGGAGAAAUCAAGUAACAAAGGGCAAUCAGAUUAAAGGAGCAGUAGAAAAUGUGGCUUACACACACACACACACACUACACCCUCCAAUGUGAACAUUUUGAUUACAAGUGUCUUCAGCAGGAAAGACUGUAUGUAGGGUCUUUCUGGGUCCUAGGGAAUCCUUUGCAAAUAGAGGUCUAAGCAGGCAGGCUUUUCCCAGCCCUGAUGUCCAUGCUCAGUACAGAGGUAUAGAAAGAUGGAUGGAGGAUCCAAAGAGGUAAAUUCAAAUCUUUCUUGAAAUUGUUCAGUGGGUUUUUAUUUUUAAAAUUUUGAGGCUAUCCUUUGUUUUAUAUGAAGAAUCUCUUUAGGGUAUAUAAGACUGCUAGGUAGCUGAAGAUCAGAGAAACAAAGGUUAAGAGAUGGAAUUUAGCCAUCUCCCUACAUGCUCAGAUUUCCAAAUCUGAGAAAACUCCAUUCUCCUAGAUGCAUUAUGCAUCUCCGUGUUUCUGUUGUCAAGCGAAGACUUUUCUAUUCCAGCAGGCAUUUUAGACCUGAUUGUUCUUAUAUAAUGGUAUUUUUUUGUUUUAGUACUGUGUUGUUUUUAAUAUGUUUUUAAAUUAAUGUUGUAUAUGUUUUUAUAGAGUCACCAUAAGUCAAUAUUGGCUUAUAUAUGUAGAUGUGUUAUGCAGCUAGAAGAAACAAUCCAAACCCUUCUUCAGUGACUGACACCCAAAAUGGCUUCUGUUUGGGACCAGCUGAAGUUUCUGAACACUGUUCAAAGCAGCCCAACCUAGUGUGUGUUACUAAGCAAACCUUCCAACAUGGACAAAUGGCUUCCAAAUGCAUUGCUGCUACGUGAUAAAAACUCUUUGGUUCCAACUUGGCUAAACCAAGUGUCUUGCAUCCACUUAGGUGGCCUUUUCUUUGCUGUAGUAGGUUGGAUCUUAUGUGUUAUAUCAACAGCAGUGGAUGAAUGGAGACUAUGGAUUAUAGAAGAUGUACCGGGCAUCAGCUCUGGCAAGAUCUGGAUUGGUAUCUGGAGAACCUGUUUCAUGGUUGAUGCUCAGAAUGAUGAGCCAAUGAAGAAGGAAUGCUUGGAAUUCCUGGAACAAUACUCGAGCCUCCCAAAGGAAAUUUUCAUUGCACAGGACCUUAUGUCUUUAGCUUCUGUUGUACAGUCCCUGGCUAUAAGUUUCAUGUCCUUUGCCCUGUGGAAUGUUUUCAAGAAUGCAAAACAGAAAAAAGUUUUGUUUACCUUUUUCACUAUUGGAGGCAUUCUAAAUUUAAUCUCUGGUAUCAUCAUUUUUGUUCCGCUUUCAUGGAACCUGCAUUCUGUCCUAACAGGGAAGGGAAUAGAUUUCCCUGUACCCUUUCUUUUGCCAUAUCUUCCAAAAAAGCAGGAUGUUGGCGUUGCUAUUUAUGUGGGGUUUGUUGCUUCAGGUUUCCAACAGUUGAGUGGACUCCUUAUUCUUGGUGGGAAAUGUAGGAGGUCCAAUAGAGUACAUCCUUUAAUUACAGUUGCUGUCGAUCCACCACCAAGUGCAAGUGCAAGUGAGACGCAAAGUUGUCCCCACUGUGGCUCAUCUGUGGAUCUUGCCAAACUCAUGGCUGAACAAAAAAUUUAAGUAUUUAAAAGGUACAUAUGCAGUGGUAAAAAUAUUAAAUGUAUGUCUACGUUUUAAAUAUUUAAAGGUUAAUUAUGCAGCAGUGUAAAUAUUUGAAAGGGUGAUUGUAUUUUGUUCUGAUAGCAAUCAUUACUUUGAGAUGUUUGUUUUUACUUUGUGUUAAAAAUAAUUUUCCAUUAAAAAAUAAAUGAUUUUAAUGAAAUAAAUUUAAAAUUAAACCUAACUAUGUUUCAGGGGGUAUCCAAGUGAGUGUAAGCAAGAGUCUUAAACUGUGCCAUACUUAUGUUUGAUACUACAUUCUAACAUGGGGGUUUCUGGGGCUGAGAGUAUGUGAUUCCCCCAAGGUCACGUAGUGGGUCUCCAUUGCCAAGCAAGGAAUACAGUUAUUAAUGUUUAACUGCCAAAUUCUCAGUAGACAUCCAAGGAACCCAAGGGCUCACAGAGCAUAUUUGGGUCAGUGGGGGAUACAGUAUACAAUAACCUCUAUUUUACAAGACAUAAAGGAACCCAGUAGAAGUAACUGGAUUAUUCUGUCAUGACCUUUCUUGAAUAUUAACUCACUUUUUCAGAUGCAAUGACUAAUACUGUGACCAAACGACACAGUACAUUAAAUGUAUGGAUUGCACUUGCGGGGCAGGGGGGAGAUCAGCCAUUAGUGAUGAGAAAUCAUCCAGGGGGUAUUGGCAACUCCUUCUCCCUAGCCAUGCAAUUGGGCAGUAAAAUCAUUAUCAUUAAAGGAUUUUUGGAGUUUCUAGAAAUGUAGAGAUGGCUGAUAUGCAGCCUCUGGGCCAUGAGUUCCUCACCCCAAUCUAGGAGGAGGAGAAGCCAUCAGCAAGGGAUAUCUAAUACUUCCUUCCACACUUAAGGCUGCCAUCAUAUACACUGCACUUUCUAAAGACCUUUAGAUUGAAUUGACUGCAGGUUUCUCCGUGAUUUUCUCUGCCCUUAGCAGUCUGUGACUUUGUAUAGAAUUUAUCCUGUCAAUACAGUAUCCCAUUGAAUUCUGACCAAAGCAGAAUAGAGUGGGAUUAUUACUUCCCUCAAUCUGUUGCUGCAGCCUAAAAUUUCACUGGCUUUUUUUGGCUUCUGCAUCACACUGUUGACUCAUGGUUAGGUUGCGGUCUACUAAGACCUCAGAUCUUUUUGUUGCCCACCCUGUAUUUGUCCAUUUCAUUUUUCAUGCUUAAAUAAAGUUUGCAUA